AUGGACAUACACGAAUGCCGCGUUCGCGGCUCGACGUCGGCGCGCGACCUCCUGGUCCGACUUGGCUGCUGGUCGACCGAAGAGGCGCGUCAGGGGGACUUCGCGUGCGCGUCCCUCGGCUCUGACGGCGCCGCCCGCCACGAACAGACGCAGCCGGGGACCAUCCCGAACGCAUCGCUGUCGGCGCGCGAGUUCCACACCAUGACCUCGGCACCGCCCCCGUCCUUGAGCGUGUUCGCGGGCGACGCUAGGGCGAUGGUGCGCGCCAACUCCGUGAGCGCGCUCUUCUCCGACGGCGUCCAGCGCGGCGGGCACCCCGUCCGCUCCCGCCUCCUCGCGCCCUCGGAAGACAUGGACGUCGGCACCCCCCCGGGGUCCCCGCACCGCGUCAGGCCUCAGGGCGCCGCCGUGGGGCCGCGGUCGCCCCUGCGCGGCAACUCGAAGACCUGCGUGCUCCCGAACAUCGCGGAGGAGCGGGGCCGCGACAGCGCCGUCGGGGAGCCCGCCGCCAACAGCCGCCCCGUGGCCCUGCCCAUGUGGGGCGCGAGCGCCGACGGCGGCGACGCGGACUUCGGGGGCACUCCGCCGAAGCAGCGCGCGCUCUCGCCGGCCACUCUCUCGUCGCCGCAGAAGAGGGCGUUCGGCGGGGAGGGGUCGGCCCGCGGCACGAGCCGCUUCCACGCAGAACUGACUCCGUCGGGCGACCGCGUGGUGGCCGUGUCGCGCUCCUUGAGCUGCCUGGCGGGCCUGGACGAAUCCGGCGCGUCGCCCACGCGGUGGUCGGAGUUCCAAUGCGGCCAGCCGCCCGCGAAGGUGUCGUGCGGCGCGUCGGUGCGCUACACGCGCGUGCAGACGGACGCGACGGUCGACGGGGUCGACAACGACGGCACCGGCCCGCGCGACGGCUCGGGCGGCGUCCUCUGCGACGACCCCGCGAUCCGCGGCCCCAAGUGA